CUAAAUAUUUUGCUAGGGUUCUUGAGGGGGGGAGAAGAUGCUGCGCGUUGUGAAGCCCAAGACGAAGCAAGCGAGGCGGGCGCUGGAGAAGCGCGCUCCAAAGAUUAAGGAGAAUGUGAAGAAGGCGCUCUUGCUCCACGGCACCUCGACCUCAGCGGUUGUGAAGGGAGUUCUUAGCGAUCUACACCACAUCAAGAAGGACGGCGGCAAUGCCGUGCAUUGGACCCGGAAAAACGAGAACAUCCGGCCUUUCGAGCCAGCCGGCGCUGCUCCUCUGGAAUUCUUCUCCAAGAAAACAGACUGCAGCUUGGUAGUGUUUGGAUCUCACUCGAAGAAACGGCCAAACAACAUCGUGUUUGGGAGGUUCUAUGACAACCAUGUUUAUGAUUUCAUGGAGCUUGGAGUUGAGCGGUAUAAAUCGGUCAAAGAUCAUGGAGGUGCUCGAAAGUUCUCUCCACAAGUUGGAUCUAAACCGUGCUUUGCCUUCAUCGGUGAAGCAUUUGAGUCGGAUGAGAAAUGCCGGCAGUUCAAGGAGAUGAUGCUAGAUUUCUUUAGGGGAGAGGAGGUGGACAGGAUCAAUCUUGCUGGUCUGGAUCGUGUGUUUGUUUGUGUUGCUACAGCAACUAAGGUGUUGUUUAGACACUGCGCCAUACGUUUGAUGAAAUCGGGUACCAAGGUUCCACAGAUUGUGCUCGUAGAUGUCGGUCCAUCGUUAGACAUGGUGUUUCGACGAAAUCAAACUCCUGGCGAGGAGUUAAGAAAGGAGGCUAUGAGAACCGUUUCAAAGGCGCCACAGAAGAAGAUUAAAAACGUAAGCUCCGACAUGAUGGACGGCAAAGUUGGAAGGAUCUACAUGCCUAAACAGGAGGUUGGAGAGAUCGCGCUGAAGAAAAUGAAGGGCUUAAAAAGAGAGCGUCGCGAAGCGGCUGCAGCUCUUCCAGACGGGGAAAGGAAAGACGAGGCCAGAAAGAAGCUCCGACAAAACGAUGAACAGUAAGCACUUGUGCUUUCGGUCAAUUUUGUGCUACGAGUGCAAGUAGCGCCACCUUUUUCUUUUUUAUGCCAGCCACCGUUUUCAUACUCGGUGCCAGCCCAGUUGACCGAAUUCGUCAUUUUUCGCUACUUAAUAGUACGAUCUCAUUCCACUGUU